GUCUGUCGUCGUCGCUUUUGGAUGACGUGACAAGCGAAACAUACAUCAGUUUUUAGUGGCAAGGCAUCUUUUUGCCGAAAGUAUCCAUCGAAAGUUGGUAACGACCAGGUAAAUUAAUUCGAAAAACACUAGCCUAGAAUAGCCGAAAAAAAAAGAGUUAAGUUUCGUAAGCAAAGUUAUCCUGAGUACCUCUUGGCAUUAUCCAAGCAAGCAAGCAGAGCAAAGCACCCAGCCUUGGUCAACACGAAAAGUAGCAGGACCAGUUUUGACGACAAAACCAAUCAAUCAACCGCUGAAAUUGUUGGCUGCGAAACGGGGGACAACGGGCAGGAAUUUUAAAAAAAUAGGACACAUCUUUUUAGCGGAACCAAAAGAGUGACGACACACACGCACAGAAGAUCAACGCAACGGGCGGUGGUCAAAAGGGAAAGUGACUGCACAUACAAAAAUAUAUUUGGGACAUUGUUGUUGUUUGCUUAACAGAAAGGGGCAAUGGAGAACCACUCUUUAAACAGUAAUUGUUCGGUGACUGCGGAAAGCAGUAAACCCAACGAUGAGGAGAAAAAAGUCUACAGAAAUAUCGACGCACCGCUGAUGAAAAUCAAAACGUACCUUUCGGCACUACGGCCGUGGUCACUGUCGGCCAGUUUGGUGCCGACGCUGCUGGGGGCCACUCUCGCCUAUCGAACGGUUGGAUUUCACGAGUUUAAUCUUCUUUCGUUUCUGUUUACCAUAUUGACCGUCGUAACGGUACACUGCGCUGGCAAUGUCGUCAACACCUAUUUUGAUUUCGUGAAAGGAAUCGACAACCGCAAAUCGGACGAUCGAACGCUCGUGGAUCAUAUUCUCAGCAAAGAUGAGGUCGUCACGCUGGGAGUGCUUUUAUACUGUGCUGGAUGUUUUGGUUUUAUUUUGCUGGUGUACCUGUCACCUGCUAAAUUGGAACAUCUGGCGCUGGUUUACUUUGGUGGAUUGUCUUCUAGUUUUCUCUACACUGGCGGCAUUGGGCUGAAGUAUAUAGCCCUCGGUGAUGUGCUGUUUCUGGUUAUUUUUGGCCCGAUUUCGGUGCUGUUUUCGUUCAUGGCACAAACUGGACACGUGGAAUGGAUGACCAUCUAUUACGCUAUUCCGUUGGCACUCAACACGGAGGCGAUUCUACACAGCAACAACACCCGCGACGCGGAAUCGGAUAAAAAGGUAGGCAUCGUAACGCUAGCCAUUCUGAUCGGUAGAACAUUGUCCUAUAUUCUGUACGCCCUGUUGCUGUUCACUCCGUACAUAAUGUUUGUGGUGCUGGGCAUGAAAUAUUCGAGUGCAUUCCUGAUCCCGAUGGUGACACUGCCGCAGGCUUUCAAAAUAGAGAAGCAGUUCCGCAACGAAGCCACCAUGCAGGGAGUGCCCCGGCAAACGGCAAAGUUGAACCUUUUCUUCGGUAUCCUGUAUGUGGCCGCUUGCUUCGUGGCACCCCAGCUACCGUUCAUAACCGGAAAGUAAAUGCCUCUGCAGUAACAAUCCCAGCUGAACGGAACAUCCCAACCGGAUGGGAGGUACUGUUGACAGUACCUGAAUCGUUGUGUAAUGGUGACUCGUACUCUUUGUUCUUAUCUGGCAAACUUUGUCGCCUCACUCGCUCCUAACCGCAAACUACCGACUGUCUACUUGUUAUAAUAAUUUAUUUAUUGUGCGAAAGAGAUUUUUUUUUACAAUAGGAAGAGUUAAUUUUGCUUAAGUUUGUCGUGUAUUAGAAAGAGCUUUCUUUAAUUUGAAAUGUAGUUUUUUUAACUGCCAAGCGUAUACAAAGGUCAACCCAAUAUCUCCUUUUUGAGAGAACGAAUUUUAGAUGUCAGAAUUAAAUGUAGAGUUUUUCCUGAUGUAGUAGUAUAAGAAUUCAUUCGAAUCCCCACCAGUUCUGGUUACUAUUGGUUAUUUUUAUGUAUUUUUUGUUUUUUCAUAUUUUCAAAAUAUUCUAUGACUCAAUGCUCAUUUUAUUUGAAGCAGAGGCAUCUAAAAGGUUGUUUCUGAAAACGUUAUUUGCGACUUAGUGAAUGUUAUUUGCAUAUAAUAGACUAUAAGAAUGAAUAAAAUUUAAAUAGCUAGAUUUGAGGCAAAAGUGCUAAAAGGGAUUUCGCACAAACUUGCCUAUGAAAUUGGCAUCUUUAGUAUAAUUUAAUAAAUUUGAUGACAUCGGUGAGUUACUUAAGCUUUGCAUACUUAAAACCAACAAAUUAUUUUGGAAAUGUUAAUUUGGAUUCUAGUGAAUGUGAAUUUUAUCGCAUAUUAUGAAUUAACCAGUAGGAAUGAAAUUUUAAACAGCUAAAAAUUGAGGCAGAAGUAUAUGCAUGAUCAGCAUGAUCAGACAACUGUAGAAAUGGGAUAGUAGCUCUUUCUAAAUGCGACCAUCAAUAUCAUCUAACAAUCUUUUAGUAUUUUAUCGAGCACCCGUAAUCAUCAUCACAGAAGCGAUGCUUUCUAAAUAUUACCUCGUCGAUCCUAGAACUGCAUAUCAAAAAUCAGCAUAUUAACUUGCUAAAUAAUCGUACCAAAUCAUGAACCCCACCCCCAGAAAGAAAAAAAAUCCUCGGAUCGAAUCAUACCGCGUAGUAACUCUUCAAUACAACGUUAAGAAGGAAACCAUAAUUUUGUACUUAUUAUGCGAGAAAAUCAUAUUUUACUCCAUAUCAAUUUUCCUUACCAUGGAGCAGCAGAAACAAUCUAAAUAGAAACAUAAUUAAAAAAUAAAAUUAUGGAUGAGCUGCCAGACUUUUCAGCAAAACUGAACUGAGAGGAAAGAAAAAGGGAAGGUUCCGCUGAAAAUAUGCGACAAUAAUUAGCUGUAUUUCAUAGUAUAUUAAACUAUAUAAAAAAACGAACAAGGAAACCUCCAACCGUACUUUUACAGCCAAUCAUCGGUUUCUCCCCCCAAAUUGAGCCGCAAGCAAGUAUGCCAACAUUUAAAACACUUUUUGUUCAGUGUACUAAACUGAACCAAACCUUAGAAAUGGCCAGCAGAAAGAAGAAAAACGUAAUUCCAAACAAUGCAAGGUCCCGUACCUGUUCCCACGUUCUAGAUUCUAUAUAAAUUUAAUCUCACUAGUGAAAGUACUUACAGAAUAAUUUAUUAUUACGCAUAAGGUAGGGUAACAUUUCGUUAGCAAGACAUCGAGAGAAAAAAAACUUUAUCAUGAUCAAACAUGCCAAACAUACGCUGCGUGUGUGUGCUUCGAAUUUUCCAAAUUAAUAAAUCCACACCUCAUCGAAUCGGUUCGGAACAGAACAGAUAUUAUACUCGGCACUCGAAACUAGAAGUUUGCGCUUUUGCUUGUGAACAAAAUUUGCAUAAAAUGGCACAACCAAAAGAAGAAGGUUCUGCCGUAGACGUUCAUCAUCAAUAAUAGGUACGAUGAUAUAGAUUUGUAAAUUUAUCAGUGACGACAGAUGUAGAUAAUACGACAGAGAUAAGGAAAAAAAGACAUCAAAUACAAAAACAACCAAGCAACUGCUCUUUAGAUUA